CGUACAUCUACACGCGGAUGUAUAGUAUAAUCCGCGAAGAAUGAAUAUGAAAGUAUGAAACUACUAACGCGCCAAACCUGGCUCUCCAGUAACCUCCUCAUACUGCUGACCCGCCAAAUUCCACCCGCCACCAGCCGCUAACGCUAUCGCCGACGAUGGGAAAGCAGAAACAACAAUCCAUUUCCCGUUUUUUCGCGUCAAAGUCAAAUCCCCCGACCCCUUCUCCGGCGUCAACCUCUCCUCCUCAAUCACAAUCUGCUCGCACGAAUCCACCCACGCCGCCGCCCAAAAUCACGGCCACCGUGAGCUUCUCGCCAGCCAAACGUCUCAGAACUUUGGAGAUCGCGUCCCUGCAAUCAAAACCCUCCAAAUUUCCAAGACUUGGUUCUUCACCCCAUGAACCCACCCAAAACCCUAAACUCUCACCCAUCACACCCAACCCGACCCCUCCCCAGUCCAGCGCUACUCUUCACAAGCGGUUCCUGGAAAAACUUCUGGAACCUUCUCAAGAACUCUCAGUACUUUCCAAAAGAACUCAACUUUCCAAUUCUAAGCACACUCCAUUAGAGCAACAAGUGGUGGAGCUUAAGGCCAAGUACCCAGAUGUUCUUCUGAUGAUUGAGGUUGGGUACAAGUAUAAAUUUUUCGGUGUGGAUGCGGAGAAUGCUGCGAGAGUAUUGGGCAUUUAUGCAUACAUGGAUCAUAAUUUCUUAGUUGCUAGUGUACCAACUGUUAGACUUAAUGUCCAUGUGAGGAGGCUUGUGAGUGCGGGAUACAAAGUGGGUGUGGUUAAGCAAACUGAGAGUGCUGCUAUAAAGUCCCAUGGAUCAAAUAAAUCAGGCCCUUUUUGCAGGGGAUUAUCAGCACUGUACACAAAAGCAACUUUGGAAGCAGCAGAGGAUUUGGGGGGUGGAGAAGAGGGGUGUGUAACUUGUAACAACUAUUUGGUUUGUGUUGUUGAGAAGGCGAUUGAGAAUGUGGUUGGGGUUGAUGUGAAAGUAGGCUUUGUAGGGGUCGAAGUUUCCACAGGUGAUGUUGUGUAUGGUGAAUUCAAUGAUAAUUUUAUGAGGUCAGGCUUGGAAGCUAUGAUUUUGAACCUGUCUCCAUCUGAAUUGCUACUUGCAAAGCCUUUAUCUAAAAAUACAGAGAAGUUGUUACUGGCAUAUGCUGGACCAAGUACAAAUGUUAGGGUGGAAGAUGUCUCAAUAGAUUGCUUCAGGGACGGUGGUGCCCGUGCUGAAGUAUUGUCUCUUUAUGAGAAGAUGAAUAUAAACAAUUCAAUGCAUACAACUGAAGAUGCACCAAUUUCAAGACAAACCAGUAAUCAGUUUGCAGUAAAGGGAAUUAUGGACAUGCCUGAUUUAGCUGUCCUAUCAUUAGCAUUGACUAUUAAUCAUCUUAAACAAUUUGGAUUGGAAAGGAUUAUCUGCCUGGGAGGUUCAUUUCAUCCUUUUACCAGUAAAAUGGAGAUGACUCUUUCAGCAAAUGCACUUCAACAGCUUGAGGUUUUGAAGAACAACUCUGAUGGAUCAGAAGCUGGCUCAUUGCUGCAGUGUAUGAAUCACACACUUACCAUGUUUGGUUCAAGGCUGCUCAGACAUUGGGUGACUCAUCCUUUAUGUGACAGAAACAUGAUAAAUGCUCGUCUUGAUGCAGUUGCUGAGAUUGCAGACUCUAUUAAAUCUUUUAAACCUUCUUGUAAAUCUGACUUAGAUGAAGAUGAUGUUGGCGUCACAAAUGUACAACAGCUAGAUACUCUCAAUUUACUCACCUCAGUUUUAUCCACUUUAGGAAGAGUGCCUGACAUUCAACGUGGUAUAACACGAAUCUUUCAUCGAACAGCAUCUGCAUCUGAGUUUAUUGUAGUUAUUCAAGCUAUAUUAGUAGCUGGCAAACAACUUCAAAAACUUCAUAUAGAAGAGGACAAAAGCAGCAUGGGUGGAGGCACUAUUCACUCUUCAUUGUUACAAAAGCUGAUAGCAAUUGCUUCCUCAUCCAGUGUCAUGAAUACUGCUGCAAUACUUUUGUCAAACCUAAACAAGGAAGCUGCUGAUCAGAGGGAUCUUCACAAUCUCUUUAUCAUAUCUAAUGGGAAAUUCCCAGAGGUAGCUGAAGCACAAAAAAGUGUUGAAUUGGCAAAUGAGAAAUUAGGUUCACUGAUAGCUGUAUAUCGAAAACAGCUCAAAAUGCGCAAUUUGGAAUACAUGACUAUAUCUGGAACAACACAUUUAAUAGAGUUACCUCUUGAUGUUAAGGCGCCCCUUGAUUGGAUGAAGGUGAAUAGUACGAAGAAAACAAUACGAUAUCAUCCACCGGAAGUAGUUACAUUCACAGAACAGUUAUCAUUGGCUAAGGAGGAGCUCACUGUUGUUUGCCGAGCUGCAUGGAACGAAUUUUUAACAGCAUUUGGUGAACACUAUGCUGAUUUUCAGGCAACUGUUCAAGCUUUAGCUUCACUGGACUGUCUAAAUGCACUUGCCAUCCUUUCAAGAAAUGAGAAUUAUGCACGUCCAGUCUUUGUUAAUGAUGAUGAACCUGUUCAGAUACAUAUCUCUGCUGGUCGUCAUCCGGUUUUGGAAACUGUGCUGGAAGAUAAUUUUGUCCCAAAUGAUACAAAGUUGCAUGUUGAAGGCGAGUACUGUCAAAUUGUAACUGGACCAAAUAUGGGUGGAAAGAGUUGCUAUAUUCGGCAGGUUGCUCUUAUAACUAUCAUGGCUCAGGUUGGUUCCUGUGUACCAGCAUCCUCAGCAAAACUCCAUGUGCUAGACGGUAUCUACACUCGGUUGGGGGCAUCUGAUAGCAUCCAACAAGGAAGAAGUACAUUCUUAGAAGAGCUGAGUGAGACUUCUCACAUUCUAAAGAAUUGCACGGCCAACUCAUUAGUCAUAAUUGACGAGCUCGGUAGAGGCACAAGCACACAUGAUGGUGUUGCAAUUGCAUAUGCUACGUUGCAUCAUCUUCUGGACCAUAAGAGAUGUCCAGUCCUCUUUGUCACACACUACCCCAAGAUUGUUGAUAUCAAGAAUGAAUUUCCCGGAAGUGUUGGAUCGUAUCAUGUUUCUUAUUUGGCAUCACAAAGAAUUUCAAACAAUAAAUCAAAUGAGAGAUCUGAUGAUGACAUGAUGAACGAUGAGGAUAUCACUUAUCUCUAUAAACUUGUUCCUGGUAUCUCUGAGAGAAGCUUUGGGUUUAAGGUUGCUCAGCUCGCACAGCUGCCAACCUCAUGUAUUCGAAGAGGAAUUUUCAUGGCGGAAAGAUUAGAAGCAGCUGUACUUAACAGAGGACAUAAGUUGUUUCUACAGGAUUGCCACAAAGAGCAUGAAAGAGUAUUGGAGCCUGAGGAGUUUGUCAAUGGGUGGAAGAAUUUUAUUGGAAUGAUAAACUCAAUAAUGGUUGAAGAAGGUGAUGGUGAGCCGAGGGUACUCCAAUAUCUUAUGAAUGCUAAAAGCCUUGCAAUCGAGUUGUUAAAGACCUAAGAUAGACGAUGUCAAAUUUUUAGCCUUUUUGGUGCUGCUGUAUCUUGGCAUAGUGGUAUGUAAACACUAGUCAAAUUAGCAAUUUGGGUUAAUAAUAAUCUUAGGACCCAAAUCCAAACCAUAAAACUUUUAGAGUAACAUAAUGUUUCAUGUUUUCUCGGGUAUCAACUUCUGAAAAUCAAAGCUGUACUAAUUCUAGUACUAGUUAGGAGCUGACUUGAACAUAAUGUUUCAAUAAAGU